GAAGGCUCAACAUUGUCCAACCGAUUCAAACAGCAACUACUCAAAAGACCAGUGCAACGUCCUCGGCACCAAGUCCUAGAUGGACUCAGACAUACAGUACUGGAGGUCUCAGGUUCGACAAGAAUACGGCCGCUCAAUGGGUCGAAAACUUCUGCAAAGAGGCGCACAAGAAGAGCCGGGGUGACGACGACUGGUGCAAGGCAAAGACUGACGGCAAGACGGUCAAGACGAAGGGUAUUUCAGUCUGCGACAACAAAGACGAGAGGAAGAUUUCGUCACAGAGAUUCAUCAUACAUGUCGUCAGGCCCAGUCGGGAGGAUUCCAAUGGGAAGCUUGACAAUGAAAAGGGGAAGCCUCAUACUCGUUGGUGCGAGCCUGAGGGGAGGGGAUCUAGCCUUGAAUCCGCCCUCGAUUGGCCGAGGGAAGAUCCGCAUCAAUGCCGCAAGCAGUUGCAGUCGCUGCUUAUGUGCAAACCGCGCCCUGAAGAUGCAGAGACGCCAUCGGGGGGAAUCGAGCAGGCCUCUGUCUCCAAUGGACUAUCGAUUUGAAGGAAUAGGACAAGUGAUUGGAAAGCGGCCUCCAUAUCAUCAAGUCCAAGCAUACAAGACGCUUUUGUUGUUCCACAGACCCGAAUCAUAUAUCGUGAAGGGAUGGGUUGGUUGGCAG